AUGCGCUCGCUCUCCUCCGGCAGCUCCGGCUUGUGGUCGCGGGACAGCUCCGCCGCCGCGCCGCCCCUGCACAGCACUGCCCUGCUGUCGCCGGCGCUCGCGCAGUGCAGCCAGCGCUGCCCGCGGGGCGCCCCGGUCGCCAGCACCACCGUCGCAGUGGUUCCGACCAGGUCAUACAAGCCCCUCGCCCCGCCGCUGGCGCGCAGCUCGUCGUCCACGGCGGCGAACGCCCCUGCCAGAGCACGGCCGGGGUCGCCGCGGUCCUCCCGCAGCCUCUCGCCCACCGCCUCCGGCAGCCUGCGGGCCACGAAGUCCGCGGCCUGGGGGCCGCCGUGGCCGUCGAACACGCCGAAGAGGGCGGCCCAGCCCCCGCAGCCCGGCACGGCGGCGGCGCACGCGCGGUCCUCCUGGGCGGGGCGCCGGCCCCAGGCCGACCGGAAGUGGAACUCCAGGCCUGCCGCGCGGCCGCCGCCCUCCGGGGGCAGAGCGGCGGGCGCCUCCGCCGCCGGCGCCCCGAUCGGCCUCGAGGGUCUGGGGCGCCGGCUCUCUUGA